UACGUCUUUUCCGAGAGCUGUCUGCACGGUGAGAGGAGGUGCUUUAUGCCCGUUUAUUAAGGUUUUCUUUUGUCUCUGCAGGUACGAAAGAUUCCCAACGCUGUAGCUCCAGACCGCUGGUGCACCAUUGUGGUCAUGAAAGAGAACGGCCCAGCGCAGUCCAGCCCUGCCCAGGGAAGGCCCCUGCAGGUCGGCUUCUAUGAGAUCAUCCGCACCCUGGGGAAGGGAAACUUUGCAGUGGUGAAACUAGCCCAACAUAAAGUCACCAAAACACAGGUGGCGAUCAAGAUAAUUGACAAGACCAGACUGAACCCCUCCAACCUGGAGAAGAUUUACAGAGAGGUGCAGAUUAUGAAGCUGCUAAACCACCCCCAUAUCAUCAAGCUCUACCAGGUCAUGGAGACCAAAGACAUGCUGUACAUUGUAACAGAGUAUGCGAAAAAUGGAGAAAUGUUUGACCACCUGACCUCAAAUGGCCGUAUGAGUGAAGAUGAAGCACGAAAGAAGUUUUGGCAGAUUCUCACCGCCGUGGACUACUGCCAUCGACACCACAUCGUGCACCGUGACCUAAAAACCGAGAACCUGUUGCUGGAUGCCAACAUGAACAUCAAACUGGCUGACUUUGGAUUUGGAAACUUCUACAAUGGAGGGGAGCCUCUGUCCACAUGGUGUGGCAGCCCGCCUUAUGCUGCCCCUGAAGUGUUUGAAGGGAAAGAGUAUGAGGGGCCGCAGCUGGACAUUUGGAGCCUGGGUGUGGUGCUGUAUGUUCUUGUAUGUGGCUCUCUUCCAUUUGAUGGACCCAGCCUGCCUGCACUCAGACAGAGAGUCACAGAAGGACGAUUCAGAAUCCCUUUCUUUAUGUCUCAAGACUGUGAAAACCUGAUCCGUAAGAUGCUGGUGGUAGACCCAGCCAGGAGGAUCAGCAUGGCCCAGAUCAAGCAGCACCGAUGGAUGCUGGCGGACCCGACCGCCGCCCACCAGACCCUGAGCCAUUCCCUGACUGAGGACAACUCCAACCUGGGGGACUACAGUGAGCCGGUGUUGGGCAUCAUGAACACACUCGGCAUCAACCGCCAGAAGACUAUCGAGUCCCUACAGAGCAGCAGCUACAAUCACUUCUCUGCUAUCUACUACCUGCUGCUGGAGAGAGUUCGAGAGCAUCGCACCCAGCAGCUGAGCCGCCAGUGUGGGACCUGGAGCCAGAGACCCAGGAGCACCUCCGACUCCCCCGGCCCAGAGGUGAUCAUGGAGUCCACCGACAGCUUUAGAGCCACAGCGUUCUCCAUUCCAGCCAAAAGCACCCCUCCAGUGUACCCGGAGGUGGAGUAUGACCAAAGUGGAUUGUUCCAGCGUGUGGGGUUUCCAGUGGAGGCCAGUCUGAACCGGCUGCUCUGGAACCGCUCCAUUUCACCCAACAGCCUGCUGGAGACGAGCAUCAGCGAAGAGGUGCGACCCACGGACCUGGAGGAGGAGGAGGUCACACAGACUCCCGGGCCUCUGCUCCCUCCCACCACCACCUCCCGCAGACACACACUGGCCGAGGUGUCGGCCUGUUUCCACCAGUGCAACCCUCCAUGUAUCGUGGUCAGUCCCUCAGAGGGUGCCUCUUCUGACAGCUGUCUGAAGUACUCAUCCAGUCCAGCCCCCGCUUUUCAGGCAGCUAGUGGUGAUAUGUCGCCACUUCUGGCCUCUGGGACUCAGAGUGGAGCUCUGCUGCUGGCUGGAGCUCCCCUGAACCUCUCCUCCCACCUCCUGCCCCGGGCCCAAGGCGGCCUGCCCGCCGCCAGCUUCCAGGAGGGCCGCAGAGCCUCCGACACCUCCCUCACACAAGGCCUCAAAGCUUUCCGCCAGCAGCUGAGGAAAAACACACGCACUAAAGGGCUCCUGGGAUUAAAUAAGAUCAAGGGUCUGACGAGGCAGGUAUUCCCUUCACCCUCGAGUAACCGUGGCAGCCGCGGGUCACUGGGUCCAGCUCUCUGCGAGCACCGCAACAUGCUGGAGGAGGUCCUGCACCAGCAAAGGAUGCUACAGAUCCAGCACCAGCCCCAGCCUCAGGUCCAAGCAGCUCCGACGGGACCGACACAGAAUCCCUUGCUCUUUCUGGCCAAGCACCAGUCUCCAUCUCCUCCACCUACAGCAGUGUUCGCUUCCUCCUCCAUGUUCGACACGCCCACCCCCUCCGUCCCGCCUUCUCGGCGAGCUGCGGUGGUUUUACAGCACGACCCCUGGACACAGACCCUCGAGACUUCCUCCUCAUCCUCCGCAUCCUGCUACGCUGCCUCCCUGUCCCCCGUGGCCUCCGCCGCUUACCUUCUCGGGGCUCGCCUGCACAUCAGCCAGCAAACGCACCCCCACCCGCACAUCAGCCUCCAGCAGCAGCCCCAGCCUGCAACACAAGGCCCCUCCCCCAUCGCCUCUAAACCAGCCGCGUGGAGCAAGGGCUCAGCCUCAGCCUCCAGCGCAGACCCGAGCCUGCAGGAGCUGGGUCUGGCUGCACAGCAGCAGCUCAGCAGCUGCGUGAUGGUGAAGUAGAGCGCCGGCCAUUGAGACCAGCAGCUGGAAGAAGACAUCUUGAUUUUGAGCCGAGAAGAAAAGAGAGCAGAAGUGAAGAGGAAGAACAAAAAAGCGGAUGCAAGUGACAAAUGUACACUUCAUUUAACGACAUGCGGUACACAUGAGAAUGUGUCCACACACGUGUGUUGUGGACACUUUUGAUAUCAUAUAAGCUACAGACUAAGUAAUAACCAAACUCUGGACAAGACGUUGAACCAGUGUCAGAGAGCCACAGAAGCAAUAAUAGACUGAAAGACUCCCUUGAGUUAAAUGAGAGCCGACUCUCGCCAACACAAUUAUUUCUCACACGUUUGGAUUCAGCCUAAGUUCACUUGUGUUUGAAUACAGGAAGGCUCCUUCUUCCUCAUUAUUUUUUGUCGACACUACGUGCGUCAUUUCCUGUUCUCGAUGUUUUUCACAUGACAGAAGACCAAAAUUUCAUUUCUCCCACUUUGUUUGUCUUUUUCAAGAGACAUUUCUCUGUAGCAGUGGAACAUGCAGCGUAUUGCCCGAAGCUUCUCUGAAGGACUCGAUUAGUAUUGAAACUGUGAUUAUUUUUGUUUUAUUAUAGCCACGCAAAUGCUGCUUUUACCUCAAGUUGCAAAAAAAGACUGCUACAUCCUGAUCAGCCAAAAGACGAAAGAUGCUGCCUGGCUGAUUGAGUAAAAGCACAACAGGUACAUCACUUUAUAUUAUGUGGAUACAGAGACCGUAUUCCCUUCGUUUAUUAAGCACCUUCUGCUUAGAUGCUUUUACUACCUCCACAGGCAAGAAUUUGGAAAGCUGUAAGAGAAAAAAAAAAAUCCCGAAACAGACUGUGGGAACUGUGCAAUAUUUCACAUUGAAAUACAAAGGAAUGAUGAGGCUCUGCAUUGUUUAGACAAAAUGUACAUUUGCCUGAGGUUGUUGUGUAAUUACUCUGAAUGUGUCUGUUUGCUGUAAUAGCUAGCCUACUAGAACAGGUACUAGUUAUGUAACGUAAUAACACAAUACUGUAGAAUGGGUAGAAAGGCUCAAGGCAUUUAAAAAAUGCUGUUUCUUCAUGCUUGUAGUUCUUUAACUGAAAGGAAGGAAUAUGGGUUUUUACCAAAGAGUGAACAGCACAAGUGGCGGGGGAUCUAUCGCCGACACACUACUGACUUCUCACUACGAAGGCUGUGUCCAAAUGGAGCUCGAGCGUAGACGUCACAUGAUCUCCUUCGCUUUAGCUUUGAGAAAACUCCCAUCGAAAUCCCAAUGCUACACAUAUUGUUAAUACUUCUAGCAUUUGCUACGGUGGUUUCCCUUUUACUUUUCUAGAAAAGAAGAAGAAGAAGAAAAAGAAGACUGAAAAAAAUCCGAACAUAGCAAUACCGUGUUGUCUUCAGUUGUCCGUGCGUAGAACUGGUCUGCAACGAGCUGCUUCAUGUGUGUCGUCAGAGGACGUGGAGCUGUCCGUGGGGUUUGAUAUGAGCUCUGUUGUGUCUCAACUUGUUGAAGAGCAGUGUUUAUUCCAAACCUUCUGCGUUGGAAACAUGCAGUGUUGAUAUUUUAUAUCCAACACAUUUUGGUUGAUUGCAAUCACGACCAAACACUUGUGCCUUUGAACAAACUCCCGACCAGAGGUCGACGUCUCCGCUCGGUUAACGACCCUUUUUGAUAUCGUCUCCAACCUUCACCCUUCUCUACUCUGAAUCUGACCUUUGAACUCGCUGUGGAGACAGAAGUAAGAAUUGCACUUUAUUUAAAUGUUUUUGUUCCUCGUGAUGACAAAAAAUUCGCAAAACAAUUGAAACACACGUGAUGCAAAUCUGGCGGAUGACUCUUUUUGAGAAACUAUUUCUUUUUUUUUCUUUCUCUGAUUUGUUACUUGAUUGUGUGUGUGUGUAUGAAGGGAGGAAGAAAAGGAAAGGAAGAGAGAAUGUUAGUUCAAGAAAAUGUGUUUAUUUAUGUGGCUAUUUAUUUAAAUAAAGUUAAACCCCUAAACUGUC